GGUGGGGGGGAAAAAGUCAGAGAGAGACGACCUGCUCCCAGAAUGAAUCACUUCCCCUGUGCGAGCGCCGCGCUCUCCGCCAGCAGCAGCAGCAGCAGCAGCAGUGUCAGUGUGAGAGGCUGCGGCCGGCGCCGGGUCAUUUGCAUUAGCUGGAGGAGAGGAGGAUCCGCGCUCCCGCUGCCUCCCCCCCUGUGCCGCCCGCUCUCACUCUCUCCCUCUCCGCUCCUAGAAUGCUGCAGACCCUGAGUGACUGGUUCUGGUGGGAGCGGAUCUGGCUGCCGUGUAACUACACCUGGGAUGACCUGGAGAACAGCGAGGGCACCGGCUACGUGUCGCCUUCCCAGCUCUAUGUCACCCUCCCCUGUGCCCUGGUCUUCAUGCUGCUCCGGUUCGGCUUCGAGAGGGCCGUUGCUACACCUGUGGCCAGAUCUAUGGGGAUAAAGAGCAAAGUCCGACUAAAAGCCUCAAUUAAUCCGGUCUUGGAAAAUUUCUACAUCUCGUGCUCCAAACACCCAUCUGCAACAGAUACCUAUGGCCUGGCUAAGAAAGCCAAUCGUACAACGCUGCAGGUGGAGCGAUGGUUCAGGAGGAGACGUAAUCAGGAUCGGCCAGCGGUGCUGAAGAAGUUUCAGGAAUCCUGCUGGCGGUUCACCUUUUACUUGUGUGCUCUGAUCGGAGGGUUCGCUGUCCUGUAUGAUAAACCUUGGUUUCAUGAUGUUUGGGAAGUGUGGGUGGGGUAUCCAAAACAGGAAGUGCUGCCAUCCCAGUACUGGUACUACGUGAUGGAGCUAAGCUUUUACUGGUCGCUUCUAUUCAGUGUUGCCUCUGAUGUUAGACGGAAGGAUUUCAACGUACAAGUUGUUCAUCACUUGGCCACUAUCUUCCUACUGAACUUUUCGUGGGGUGUUAAGUAUAUCCGAGUGGGUACUCUGACUAUGCUGGUGCAUGAUGUUUCUGACAUUUUGUUGGAGGCUGCUAAAAUGUGCAGUUACGCUGAGUGGAAGAAGUCGUGCAAUAUCCUGUUUGCCAUAUUUGCAGUGGUAUUUGUCAUCAGUCGGCUCAUUGUUUUCCCAUUUUGGAUUAUUUAUGCCACGGUGGUCUAUCCCCUGUACUACUGUCCUCGAUUCUUCCUCUACUACUUCUUCAAUAUGCUUAUGUUCGUGCUCCAGUUCCUUCAUAUAUACUGGGCAUACCUUAUCUUCAAGAUGGUGAUGAAAAUGCUCUCUGGAAAAAUGUCUGGUGAUGAUCGGAGUGACAAUGAAGAAGACGACAGUGAGGAAAACGAGGACCAGCGAAUAACUAAUGGGGAUGGCAAGAAACGCAUAGUAAAUGGCCAGCAUGACCGCUAGCUUAAUAGCACUCUAUGAGCAGCCAUACUGUACCCCUGAUUUAUACAGAGAGCGCUACGCAAGACAGUAAUUAUCAUCAUUGGUUUUCUAGCCAGAUAUUCGACAGGGGCAGAGGACUACAGCUGGAGAUGUACUAUUGAUUGGGAGGCGAAUGGUCCUUUCUCUUGGGACCAACUAUAUUUGAGAUAAGGUCCAGUCUAUUUUCAGUUCCAAGUAUAAACAUAAAAUAAACAGAAAGAAAUACAAACAUAACAAAAAUAGAGCCUGCUUGUUCUGCUUUCUUGAAAGGCAACUGUUCACCUUUUUUUUUGCUAGAGAGGCGUGGAGUAUGAAGACCAAAGUAUCACCGCCUCGUCUGGAAGUACAAAUGGUUAAUUAACAAUGUGCGUGGGGGAUGUUAACAAGUUAAUCAAAUUUACUGUGUAUUCCAGUAGAGCCGACUGCCAAAUCCAUCAUCUUUUCUUUUUGGAUACAUACAGUCAACCUAUCCAGAGUGGAAGAGAACAGUCACGAAUUGCUCUAAACCCUCAACCAGCAUUACCCUGCAGGAACCUUCCUACCAGAAGAGGGUUAACGUCCCAGUGCUCUGAUGACAAUGUAACCCCACCUCAUCCUUGGCUCUAUUUAUACCACAUACAGGAACACAAGAGGAGCACUGUGUAAAAUACACACAAGAUUAGCUGUGCACAUGCUGUGAUCUCAUACACGAGGUGUGGGAGGAGACAGCUGGAUAACUCUCACUCAGCCUGCUUCAGAGAUGACCACGGAAGAGCUGGCGUUUCCAUUUGCCAUUAACACACAUUACUGCUGUGCCUGCUUUCAACAAACAGCAAGAGACUGUCUUGGACAUUGCUCUUGUAAAGGAUAUGCAACUUUUGUAAGACUUGCCAGUAUACACUUGGAGUUUAACCAAAGUCAUGUGUGGUCCAUGCACACCUGGGGAGAGAUGGACAGUCUGAUAGCUUUAAUGUAUACAUAUUACACAUAGAUAUUUGUUUCUUUAAUUGUAGCUUGUUUCUAACUAAAUGAGCUACUAGUACAUAUCGUCCUCUGCUAAAUGUAGAACUGAGACUGUUCCUCCCUCUUACGGUAACUCCAAUUUCUGAUGUUUUUUUUUUUUUAAAGUGCUGCCUUAAUGUACGUGUGGACCAGGUUCUUCAGAAGCUAAGUGCAACUUCUAAGUGUUGCAGUAUUUGUGACACCUGAAAGCUAAGUGCUCCAUUAUGUUAUUCUCUCUGGUAUCAUGUGGCUACAAAACAGAUUUUACAGUACUUAAGAGUUGUAAAUUGGGGUUUGUCCCAGUUAUUUUUUAUGAAGACUAAGCUGCAUGAAGUUAUACUCCAAAAACUCUGUAAGUCAGUGUUGUCUGCUGUGGACGGGUCAGGAGAAGAAAUUUUUAUGUUAGUCCUAAACAUUCUUUACACACACUAAUUUUAUAUUUGUAAUUUUGUCCACAUGUAAAUAAAACCACAAACCGUGAUAAAGCAUUAUGUUUUAUCUGCUUUAACAGGCGUUUGGAUUAUCUCUCUAUUUUGCAACAGUAAAAAACCUUCUGGGAGAAAACUU